AUGAAGACCUUGCCAUUAGUGCUUGUUGCUGUGCUGUUCGUAACUCUGGAGAAUGUUGUCGGGGUUUCAGAUGAAACCUUGGGACGCCCAUUCAUCAGCAGUGCUUUAGCAGAAGCAAAGAGUCAGGUGGACCAAGCAUACAAGUACACUAGAGAUCUUUCUAAAAUGAAGUAUAAGAAGAGAUCCCUCAGCCCAUCAGAUCUCCUGUCCUUCUUUAAGCAGCCUGCAGCAGAUACCCGGUCUGCAGUCCGAGCUGCAGAAUACAUGGAGAACACCCUGAGCCUCAUCACACAAAGAGUGCACAAGAUACACAGACGCUCUCUGAAUGCAACAGAUAUUUUAACUCCAGAAGACUUGUCAGUGAUUGCUCGGGUCACAGGCUGUGAAGCCCGGAUCACAGUGCCUUCCUGCAACACUAAUGCCCUUGUAGACAAAUACAGGACCAUCACUGGUGUGUGCAACAAUAAGAGAAACCCUCGGCUUGGAGCAUCAAACACACCGCUCAGCCGCUGGCUGCCUUCGCAGUAUGAAGAUGGAGUUCAUCUCCCCAAAGGCUGGGAUCCCAACAGACUGUAUUCAGGAUUUCACCUCCCUCUGGCCAGGGCGGUGUCCAACCUUAUUCUUCACACAACAAAUGACAACCUGAUCCAAGAUAAUGAUUUUGCCUACAUGAUGGUGCUGUUCGGCCAAUGGACAGAUCAUGAUCUUGACAUCACUCCUACGUCUCCGAGUGUGCGAUCGUUCAAUAAAGGCAUUAACUGUGAUGAAAGCUGUGACCAAGCAUCUCCAUGCUUCCCAAUUAAGAUUCCUCCCAAUGACACCAGAAUUCAUGACACCGAUAGCUGCAUCCCUUUCUUUCGGUCGGCUCCAGCCUGUGGCACUGGAACUACUGGGUACAUGUUUGGAAAUGCCAACACCCGUGAGCAGAUAAAUGCCCUCACCUCGUUCGUUGAUGCCAGCAUGGUUUAUGGUUCAGAGGAGCCUUUAUCAAGAAAACUGAGGAACCUAAAGAAUGAUCUUGGUCUGAUGGCUGUCAAUGAUGAAUUCACAGAUGAUGGACUGGAAUAUCUACCAUUCAACAAAAUGGAGAUGAACAUGUGCGCUACGAGAAGGAGUGCUACAAAUGAUCAGUCUCUGAGCGAAGUUGAAUGUUUCCAUGCAGGUGAUGCACGAGUCAAUGAAAACAUUGGGCUGACAGCAAUCCAUACUUUGUUUGUCAGAGAGCAUAAUCGCCUGGCAAGAGAACUGAAAAUACUGAACCCACACUGGAAUGGAGAAAUCCUCUUCCAGGAGGCUCGGAAAAUCAUAGGGGCGUAUCACCAGUUUUUGAUCUACAGAGAGUACCUGCCUCGGAUCGUCGGCAGAGAGGCUGUUGACAAGUAUCUCAAGACAUACAGUGGUUACGAUGAGUCUGUGGACCCUGGCGUUGCCAAUGUGUUUUCUACAGCUGCUUUCCGGUUUGCUCAUCUUACCAUCCAGCCGUUCAUGUUCCGCCUGAACGAGACCUAUCAGGAGCAUCCCAAGUAUCCCAGCGUCCUCCUUCAUAAAGCCUUCUUCACCCCUUGGAGGCUUGUCUUUGAAGGUGGAAUUGAUCCGAUCCUUCGGGGUUUGAUUGGAAACCCUGCCAAGUUGAAUACGCAGGAUAAGAUGAUGCAUGAGGAGCUACGUGAGCGGCUGUUCAAGCUAACCAGCCACCUUGCACUGGACCUGGGCUCUCUGAAUAUUCAGCGCAGCCGGGACCACGGGCUACCAGGAUACAAUGACUGGAGGCGUUUCUGUGGUCUUUCCCAACCCAAGACGGUUAAUGAGCUGGCUGCAGUCCUGAAUAACACAAACCUGGCUGUGAAGCUGCUGGGACUGUAUGGAUCUCCUGACAACAUUGAUGUCUGGAUGGGUGGGAUCGCCGAACCCUUUGCCAGCAACGCCAGAGUAGGACCACUAUUCGCCUGUCUGAUAACAACACAGUUUCAAAAGAUAAGAAAUGGAGACAGAUUCUGGUGGGAAAACAGUGGCACCUUCACUGAAAACCAGCGAAACUCCUUAAGAACAGUGAGCCUCUCUCGGAUUAUCUGCGACAACACUAAGAUUCAAGAAGUUCCUCAAAAUGUAUUCCAAUACAUACCAUACAGUCAAGGCUACACCAGGUGCUCACAGAUUCCCAGUUUUGACCUAAGCCCCUGGCAAGAAAAUACAUCAGACAGCCAUGUCCGAAGUGUGAUGAGGGGUUUCAGCCCAUUCCUCCAGGCCAACGGUUCAUACCUGGGCUAA